UUCCUGUUCUUGUCCGGUCCUGCCAUGGCCCUGUGGCGGGUGCUGGCACUGGGGACAGCCCUGGGGCGCCGCAGCUGCUGCUCCAAGCCCUCGCUGCCCCCCGACUUUGUGGAGGCCCUGAGCGCCGUGGUCGGGGCCCCCAACGUCUCCACGGCCACGGCGGUGCGGGAGCAGCACGGCCACGAUGAGUCCAUGCACCCCUGUGCCCCCCCGGACGCCGUGGUGUGGCCCCAGUCGGUGGGGCAGGUCCAGGAGUUGGCCGCGCUCUGCUACCGCCGCCGUGUGCCCAUGGUGCCCUUUGGCACCGGCACCGGCCUCGAGGGCGGUGUCAAUGCCGUGCAGGGCGGCGUCUGCUUCGACCUGAGCCGCAUGGACAGCAUCGCGGAGCUGAGCCUCGAGGACUUCUCGGUGACAGUGGAGCCCGGUGUCACCCGCAAGGCCCUCAACAGCCACCUGCGUGGCACCGGGCUCUGGUUCCCUGUCGACCCCGGGGCAGACGCCUCUCUGUGUGGCAUGGCGGCCACGGGUGCCUCGGGCACCAACGCCGUGCGCUACGGCACCAUGCGCCCCAACGUUCUCAACCUGCGCGUGGUGCUGCCGGACGGGCGCCUGCUCCACACCGCCGGCCCCGGGCGCCAGGCCAGGAAGCGGGCGGCCGGCUACGACCUGACCUCGCUCUUCGUGGGCUCCGAGGGCACCCUGGGCUUCCUGACUCAGGCCACGCUGCGCCUGCACCCGCUGCCCGAGGCCACCGCCGCCACCAUCGCCUCCUUCCCCGGCGUGGGGGCGGCCGUGGCGUGCACGGUGCAGGUGCUGCAGGCGGCCGUGCCCGUGGCCCGCAUCGAGUUCCUGGAUGAGGUGAUGGCAGACGCCUGUGGCCGCUACAGCGGGAUGGGGCUGCCGGUGGCAGCCACGCUCCUCCUGGAGCUCCAUGGCUCCCGGAACAGCCUGGCUGAGCAGCAACGGCAGACGGAGGAGAUCGUGCGACUGAACGGUGGCUCCGGCCUGGCCUGGGCGGAGGAGCCGGAGGAGCGUGGGCGGCUCUGGGCCAUGCGCCACAACGCCUGGUACGCGGCCCUGGCCCUGCGGCCCGGCUGCCAGGGCUACUCCACGGAUGUCUGUGUGCCCAUCUCCCGCCUGCCCGACGUGGUGGUGGAGACCAAGCAGGACCUGCAGGACUCUGGCCUCACCGGACCCAUGGUGGGACACGUAGGCGAUGGCAACUUCCACUGCAUCCUCAUCUUCAACACCCAGGACCCAGAGGAGGCCCAGCGCAUCCACGCCUUCACCCAGCGCCUGGGCAGGCGGGCGCUGGCGGCGGGGGGCACCUGCACCGGGGAGCACGGCGUGGGGCUGGGCAAGCGGGCACUGCUGCUGGAGGAGCUGGGCCAGGAGGGGCUGGACACCCUGCGCUCCAUCAAGGCUGCACUGGACCCCCACAACCUCAUGAACCCCGGCAAGGUGCUCUGAGGGGGGGCUCUGGCAUUGAGCUGGCAGUGGGGGGCUGCAGCCCCGGGAGACAGGGCUGGGGUGGCCACGCUGCCCUGCACUGCCACCCUUUGUGUCCCCACAAAUCCCCCCAUCCCCACCUCGGGGGGUCAGGGAUCCCCGAACCCCAAAUAAACCCGUUUGUACAUGUA